GCUUCAAUCAUGGCUAUCACAGGAGGCUGGUACCAUUGGAUCCAAUCCCCACACACCACCACGGAAGAUUACUAGUACCCCUGUAAGUCUACAUGUACCUGGUAUUGCCAGAUACUAAUAGUACCUCAGGCCUUGUAGGAAUGCUGCCUGGAAUAAUAGCAAGGGUGGAAAACUAAAGAAUGGUGGGUGGUGGUUCGAUCUCUGUGGCUGCCACUUCAAAGAAUACCGGUAGUACCGGUACGACUGUUCCAAUAGUUUCGGCAAUCGGCAACAGAGCAGCGAACUUUCCACUCAAGCCGGUCGGGGGGUCCCGCUAUUAAUUAAAAAGCUACACAACCAGUUUAUGUACACAUUAUAUUAUUACCAUACCAGUCCUCUCAAGUUUCCCUGCCUACUUGUAGUCUACUUUUUACCCGAGUGAACGUAUACCAAACAAGCAACACAAAUGGGCGGAAGAGAACCUCGAUCGGUUUCUGCGAUAACAAACAUUUCUUCGUCCCACGUUCGAGCAUGCAACAAUGGUCAACAACUCAAUCUUCCGACAGAUCUGUGCGAUGCUUCCCGCAACGCUACAUUGUUUUCUCCUGCUCGGAACAGCUCAAGCCACUACAUUCCUCCCCCCCAUGGAGAGGUCAGCCCUCAUGGAUGGAAAUGGGUGCAGUGAUGUCCAGUGGACGGUUGACAGAGAAGCCAUGACCCUCCAGAUGGCGUUCAAGAGCACAGAAGGGGCCGAGUGGGUAGGCCUUGGUAUUGCUGAGUUUGGUUCCAUGAAAGGAGCUGAUAUCAUGCUGGUCAAAAUGAUCCACAACAAUGACUCCGUCCGACCUUCGUUUGUGGUAGAAGACCUCAUCUCGACUGACUUUGUCAAGCCAAGAAAAGACCUUCUUCAGAAUGUGGAACUACUUCGAGCUGAAGUAGAUGAGAAUGGAAGGAUCCAUGCCUUGAUAGAGCGCCCAUUGGAUUCUUGUGAUAUUGAUGACAUUGCAAUUGAGGCAUACAAACAAACCAUCAUUUGUGCUUCAGGCUACCUGGACGACGGUAAUGAGAUUGCUUACCAUGGCCCUAGACAACACUCUUCCACCACAGUCAAUCUCAUUGUCGAUGAAGAUCUACUCUAUGGAUCAGCUCCCAGCUUUUCUAGCCAAUCCCAAAGUGGCACUGUAUUGCUAGACGAGGGGGGCAUUGUCAAAGCACAUGGCUUUAAUCCUAACUCAACCACAUCAUUGGAGCCGAUUGCAGUUGACAUUCAGCUACCUAACAUUUCUCUUCCGCAGGACACAGUGACAUCUUUUGUUUGUGUUGCUUUCAAACUGCCUCUGGGUAUUUCAGUAAAGUCCAUGGGCAUUGAAACUGUUUGGGGCAAUGGUCAAACCAGAGGCACCAUGGGGAAACAGCCAGAUCGCAUUAGUCAUCAGGCGCUUUUCCGAUGUUCUGAAGCUGAAAAUGUUGGAUUGCUCAUAGAAGGUCAAGCAUUUGACUGUGGAGAGGGAGUGCCUAGUUACUGCCAUGUGUCAUUUGCUGCUACCAGGGCAUUAUUGAUUGAGCCCCCACCAGGAGCACACAUUCCGUUGGAACCAGGAAACUACAUAUUGCGGGUUCAUUAUGAUAAUGCAGCGGGAUCACCAGUUGAUGCUGACAGGACUGGGCUAAGGGUCUGGACUGAGCCUCCUACAAUGCAAUCUCGCACAAAACCUGCAAAUCUUGUUUAUCAUGGAGGCAUCAAGAGCACAAUCCAAAUCCCCGCUGAUCCAGAGCAAAAGGACUAUGCUGUCCAUUUCCAAAUUUCUGGUGAAGCCUCCAAGGCUGUCCUACCCCCCACAGGAGUCCAUGUGUUCCUGUCACAGCUGCAUAUGCACAGCAGUGGACUUCAUGGAAGGCUGCAAUUAGUCCGAAAUGGGGUGCAUAUCAUGGAUGUAUUUGAUACCAUCAGCUAUG